AUGAGAUGAUGUCCCAUCGCGACUUAAUUAAAUAGCUGUCCGUCUAGUGGGAAUAACCCUGGCUCACUAUGACGCACUCGGUUAUUCUGGCACCUGAAGCUGAAGACGAUAGAGCGCGAGCUACCACGUAGUAGCUCGGUGCUGUUGUGAGUGAUGGUGAUAAUCUAGAACGGUGGGUUUCCUAAUGAAGAUCCCGGCACCGAGUUUAGCGCGAUGGGAUGCAACAGACGACGGGUCAGUCUGUCUGGGAAUUGGUGCAGAACUAGGUAGAGAAGAUGAUGAAGAAACUAGCCAAUCGCUAUUUAACCAGAAGAAGCUACGCCGUCAGUAGCGAAGAGACGGACAAGAAGCCGGGCCCAAGUCCGUGCCUGGCGAUCUACGCUACCUGUGCGGAGGGACUUGACUCGUUCCGCACACACACUGAGAGAGAAGUCAUCGCGUGGCAUGGCUUGCCAGCCACCUGGGAUGUGAGCUCGGUUAAGCUUACUCGUGCUAAUAGUUCCAUGGGAAACGCGUGGGCAUAUUACACAUAUUACAGAGUACAUAGCCCCGGACUGAUUGGACUUUUGGAGGGGCAACCUCGAACGUGGGCACCCUCGAAGAGAGGAGAAACGCAUGCAGUUGAGUUGCGUAUUCGGAUUCGACCUUACUCCAUAAGGCGGCCGUGCCGUGCAGGGCGCUGCAGAUACCAACUGCAUGCCGUUUCACCGAAGAGCUGGAGAAGAACGAGGGGAAGCAAAAGGAGAGGGAAUAGGUGGGCGAUACCACACGUGGAGGCUGGGAUGGUGCGAUGAAGGUGGGUUGGUUGACUGACUUGGGCCGUUGGUGCAGCGAGCCAAGCCCGAUGCAGCAUGUGGGAUGAACCAUCAACCAUGCCAUGCAUGUAGAAAGCAGGGGGUGAUUUCGCCACUGAAGAACGCGUUGGGUUUCCAGGGAUGUUGUGAGCGAG